AGGAGGAGGAUGAUGACAUGUGAUUGGCCAGGCGGGGACUGGUAGUCCGGGGGUUGGCACUGCGAGGCUUUUCGUUGCUCCCGGUGUUCAUGUUUACACCUUUGCUGACCGGGACGAGAGGAGACGCGGCGCGCCGGGGUCCGGUGGACAAACUCGGGAGUAAAGUCUUUGGGUUAUUAUUUUUUGCUGCAACCUGUCAGCGUUUUAUCUUUUGCGCUUCUUUUUUUCUUCUUUUUCUUUUCUUUUCUCUUUUUUUGGGCACAGAACUGGACUCGCUUUCGUUUAAUUUCUCCGUCCAGCGCAGCGAUGCGUCAAAGUUUUUGGUGACUCUCAGUGCAUUUGUGCGCUUAGGGCUGGGAACCAGGUCAACCUGACAGAUCUUGCCUUUAAACAUUGUGAAAUCUAUAAACACAAACUUUUAAUGCGAACGGAAUUAAAGUUUUGGCGAUGGAUGCUUUUUAAACCAAAGGAAAAAGAUUAACUCGCGUUUUUGUUCAGUUGAUGAACUCGAGGGCGUUCAAGCCAGCCUCAUCCUGUGGGCAACGACCGUGCAGGACAGGAGCCCCCCUCGGUGCGGAGGCGCAGCCGAAAAAGAUGCGCCCUCUUCGGAUGCAGCGUGACCAAAUUGCCGGUCCUUUGGUUCUUCUUCUCCUGGUCUGUGGAUUUGUGGCGUCUGACACGGAGAGCAGCGACUACAGCGAAGCCGAGGUUCUGCCCGACUCCUUCCCGUCAGCUCCAGCGGAGCCCCUGCCGGAGUUCCUGCUGGAACCCGAAGACGCCUUUAUCGUGAAGAACCGUCCGGUCCAGCUGCGCUGCCGGGCGUCGCCGGCCACCCAGAUCUACUUCAAAUGUAACGGCGAGUGGGUCAAUCAGAACGACCAUGUCACCAGGGAGAGCCUGGACCAGCUCACAGGUCUGGUAGUGAGGGAAGUGGACAUCUCCGUGUCGCGGACCCAGGUGGAGGAGCUGUUCGGCCUGGAGGACUACUGGUGCCAGUGUGUGGCCUGGAGCUCGGCUGGCACAACCAAGAGCAACCGUGCCUACGUUCGCAUUGCAUACCUGAGGAAGAACUUCGAGCAGGAGCCCCUCGGGAGGGAAGUGCGGCUGGAGCAGGAGGUGCUGCUGCAGUGUCGGCCCCCGGAGGGCAUGCCUGCUGCGGAGGUGGACUGGCUGAAGAACGAGGAUAUCAUUGAUCCGUCACAGGAUUCCAAUUUCCUGAUCACUAUUGAUCACGACCUGAUCAUCAAACAGGCCAGACUCUCAGACACGGCAAACUACACGUGUGUGGCGAGAAAUGUGGUGGCCAGACGGCGGAGCAGCACAGCCACUCUCAUUGUUUAUGUUAGCGGAGGGUGGUCUUCUUGGACUGAAUGGUCAGAGUGUAACGCUCGGUGUGGGCGUGGCUGGCAACGUCGUACACGCAGCUGCACCAAUCCAGCCCCUCUGAACGGAGGAGUCUUCUGUGAGGGCCCGCCGGUGCAGAGAGUAACUUGCACCACACUGUGCCCAGUGGACGGAGGCUGGACAGAGUGGGCAAAGUGGUCCGCCUGUGGGACAGAGUGCACCCACUGGCGCAGUCGCGAGUGCCAAGCCCCACCGCCAAUAAAUGGAGGGAAGCACUGUAGCGGAAGCAUGAUGGAGAGCAAAAACUGCACCGAGGGCCUAUGUGCAAGAAAUAAAAAGGUCUCAAUAGAACAUGCGAGCCAUCCGUUGUCUCCUGGUAUGGGUGUAGCGGUGUACACAGGCCUGGUAGUAGCCUUGCUGCUGACGGUGGUCAUGGCUCUUGGUGUGGGUGUGCUGGCGUAUCGCCGCCGAUGUCGCCAUCUCCACGGAGACAUCACAGAUUCUUCAUCUGCUCUUACUGCAGCAUUUCAUCCUGGCAACUACAAGGCUCCCAGGCAGGAUAAUCCUCUCCACCCCUCGGCUCCUCCGGAUCUUACAGCGACAGCCGGUGCUUUCCGUGGACCGCUCUUCUCCCUGCCUCAGGGCAUCAAUGACAGCCCGCACAAAAUCCCCAUGACCACCUCCCCCCUGCUGGACCCGCUCCCCAGUCUCAAAAUCAAGGUGUACAACUCGUCCACUCUGUCCUCUCUGGAGCUCCCGGCUGAUAUGGGUGUUGGCGAUGGCGAGAUCCUGAGCCUGAAGUCGGUGGGCACCGUGGGCCGAGAGCGAGAGUUUCACAGUCACACACUGUCCAGAGAGCCGGGGCUGAGCACCAGCGCCACCCUGGGACAUCUGGGCGGACGACUUACCAUCCCCAACACGGGUGUGAGCCUGCUGGUCCCGCCUGGCACAAUCCCUCAGGGGAAGUUCUACGAGAUGUACCUCAUUAUUAACAAGUGGGACAAAACAACGUUACCCUCAGAGGGGAGCCAGACUGUGCUAAGUCCCGUGGUGAGCUGUGGUCCAUCAAGUAUGCUGCUGAACCGGCCUGUUGUCCUUACGCUUCCCCACUGCGCUCAGCUGGACACGCCUACGCCCGACUGGACCCUCACACUCAAAACGCAAACGCACCAGGGAGCAUGGGAGGAGGUGCUGACGGUCGGGGAGGAGACUUUGUCGUCUCCUUGCUACCUGCAGCUGGAGGAGGAAUGCUGCCAUGUCCUCAUGGAGCAGCUGGGAACGUACGGCCUGGUGGGCCAGUCCUGCCCUCCACGGCCGGCCUGCAAGCGCCUGCAGCUGGCUCUGUUCGCUCCCCGCGCGCCAUGCCUCUCCCUGGACUACAGCCUGCGCAUCUACUGCAUCCACGACACGCCACACGCUCUCAAGGAAGUUCUGGAUCUGGAGAGGAGUCUGGGUGGAGUUUUACUAGAAGACCCGAAGCCGCUGUUCUUCAAAGACAGCUACCACAACCUCCGCCUGUCCAUCCACGACAUUCCUCACAAUCACUGGAGGAGCAAACUUCUGGCCAAGUACCAGGAGAUCCCUUUCUAUCACAUUUGGAGCGGCAGCCAGAGACCUUUACACUGCACCUUCAGCCUGGAGCGAGCCAGCCUGGCCGUGUCGCAGCUCGCCUGCAAGAUCUGCGUCCGGCAGGUGGAAGGGGAGGGACAGAUAUUCCAGCUGCACACGGACAUCCAGGAGACUCUCCCACCUCACUCACCACUCCCGUCGGGAAGCACCUGCCUGCCUUCCUCUCAGGUGGGACCGUAUGCCUUUCGUCUGCCCGACUCCAUCCGACAGAAGAUCUGCGCCAGCUUGGAUGCGCCCAGCGCUCGAGGGUGCGACUGGAGACUUCUGGCUCGCAGUCUGGGCUUUGACAGGUAUUUGAACUACUUUGCCACAAAGCCCAGCCCCACAGGUGUUCUGCUGGACUUAUGGGAAGCGUGUCACCAAGGUGACGCAGAUCUGGUCUCUCUGGCGACGGCUCUGGAGGAGAUGGGCAAAAGUGAAGUGCUGGUUGUCAUGACAACAGAUGGGGAUUGUUGAUUGACCAAGAUACACAAGACCAAGCAAGACAUUUUUGGACUUUUGUUUCGGGGGGAGCAGGAGGGGGAUUUAUUUCCACCGCAGUGAUGAAAAUGAGAAUCCUUGCCUAUGAAUAUGCACACGCUGACACAGAUCUUUCAUCAGCAGAGCGUUUCGGUUGUACUACCCACUCUUUUGCUGAGUCCUGACCAGCCAUUGUAGCUGCAUAUGAACCAUAGCCCGUCCCCAUGUGUGCCGUCCAACUGCCAGCCUGAUUCAGCCUCAGCUCUCCAAAGCAAUAUUGGAUUUGCAAGAUGGAAAACCAUUCUGGGCGCACCAACUUGAACAAAUGCUGCAAAGUCUACCAAGAUUGUGAUGUAACGUGUUAUUAAGUGCUGAAAAUUACAUUAUUCUUACAUAUUUAAUAACAUUGUUUUAAAUUAAGCUACAGAAAUCCAUUUAGUCAACACGCAGUUAACUGCUGACAUGGGAUUAUUUCAGUAGCAGCAUGGAAGUGCAUGAUUUAAUGAUUCAACACCAUCUCAUCUCAUGGUACAGGGUUUUGUUUUCUUCAUUCUUAUUCAGAGUAGGCUGUGAAUGACAGGCUGCACCAACCUGCCUGCAGCCUUACACACACACACGCACGCGCGCUCUCCAAAAUACACACAUGGAGAAAGUGGUCGUUAAUCGACUCGGAAACAGGCAGGCGAAGAAUUCUCGUCUUAUGGACA